ACCGCCACCCCCACCGUGACCUCCCCGUCACCUCCCGCGACUUCCCCGUCCCGCCGGCAAUCCGCCGCUGCCGGGGACAUGGGGCUGAGGCCGGCACGGUGCCGCCCCAGCCUCGCGUAGGCCGCGUUAGCCCCACGGGAAGCCUGCGGCGGGGGGAGUCAGCGGACAUCGGGACGGAGCUGAGGUGACUGACCUCUGAAAGGCCGUGUCCCACGUAGGAAUUGUCCGCCUGCUGUUAUUCUUAAAAGAAAGUUUCUGCCGUGUGCUUUUAUGGUGUCGUAGCUCACCUAUUUAUUGAUGCUUCCUUUGUAACUUCAUGGUAAAACAGCUUCUGAGAAUAUAAGUUUGGUUACCACAUCGUCUGGAYCCAGAGAUCACUUUUAAUAAAAUGUGGACUGCCAAAAGGCUUUGCAGUGCACAGAUACUGUUGCUGCAGUUGAAAGAAGGCCAACUGUGUAGUUGCGUGUUUCCCAAAACUCAUCAGCGCCAGAUUGGAAUGCCRAACUAUUGCACUGUAAGAGAGCCACAUAACAGAGUUAAAUUAGAGGUGUCCAAGGUAAAUGAUAAACAAUCAGUGAUUGAUAGAAAAAUGGCUACUAGUGCAGAGGAAACCAAAAUAGCUGUUGAAAAAGGACCCAGUGGAGUAUGUGAUGGACGCCAAAAUUCAUUAGAAGCCCAAAUGAGACACAUCAACCUGUCGUUUGCAGCUUGUGGCUUUCUGGGCAUUUACCACUUGGGGGCAGCAGCUGCUUUCCACAGGCAUGGUAAGAAGUUACUGAGAAAUGUGAAAGCUUUUGCGGGAGCUUCUGCGGGAUCUCUGGCUGCCGUUGUCUUGUUAGCAGUGCCAGAAAAUAUAGAGAAAUGUAAGCACUUUGCCUGUGGAUUUGCAGAGGAAGUCAGAAGAUUGAACUUUGGUGCUGUAACGCCUGGUUAUGAUUUUAUGAAAACACUUAGGGAGGGCAUAGAGUCCAUUCUUCCUUCUGAUGUUCAUGAAAUAGCUGAGAACCGACUCUAUGUGUCAGUCACUAACACAAAGAGUGGGGAAAAUCACUUGGUUUCAAAUUUUCCCUCCAGAGAGGACCUCAUUAAGGUCCUGCUAGCAAGUAGUUUUAUACCAGUAUAUGCAGGAACUAAACCAGUGGAAUUUAAAGGACAGAAAUGGGUUGAUGGUGGCCUUACCAAUGGCCUUCCUAUCUUGCCUGUUGGAAGAACKGUGACCAUUUCCCCUUUCAGUGGUCGAUUAGAUAUCUGCCCACAAGAUAAAGGGCGUGUGGACCUAUAUGUUAAAUUAGCAAAACAAGAUAUGAUGCUGUCUCUGGCCAACCUAAUAAGACUUAAUCAAGCUUUGUUCCCACCAGACCAGGAGAAAAUGGAAUCAUUGUACCAAAAUGGCUUUGAUGAUGCUGUACGCUUUUUAUUGAAAGAAAACUGGUUUGAGUAGACAGCUCACAGAAAAUUAGCAAAACAUGAUGGCUGUCAAAACACAGCUACAGGCAACCUACAGCAUCUCAGGGAUUGCUGCCCCAGUUCCUGUUCAUGAAAAUAAAAAUCCCAAUGGACUUGCAUCUGCUUCUGCUGAGAARGUAUCAGUUGCACUCCAGAGACCURUAUAAACAUGUSAGAACAGGAGCUGUAUGUGCCUGUUGGAUGUCUUGUUUUGAGGAGGUUUCGCUUAAAUUCAUUUUUCUUCAGCUGGGGACGUGAGUGUGGGAUUUGUAAAAAGCUUCUGUUGUCAUCAUUACAGAAAUUUGGAAAAAUCUUUUUCAGUGUUAUUUGAGAGGAGAAUUGAUGUUAUAUCGUGCAAAAUUACAGUCUGUAUUAUUCACUUGACAUAAUUCUGUGUAUUAAUUCUGUGUAUUAAUUGGAUGUUCACAGUGUUAGUGAUCUAAAAUAUAACUUGCACUGUUCUAAAGCACUUGAAAAUUAAGAACUAGCCACAAAAAUUAAAACAUUUGCACUGUUAUGUAUUUUUUCACAUUAAAAGUUCUUUUUUCAGUGAAUUUUWAAAAAAUUUUAAAUACUACCUGAAAUUUUUUAGCUGAAAUGUGAUAUAAAAAUAACUUGUAAAGAAGGAUGUAAAAAGUUGUUACAUUUAUUAUGUUUUCUCCCACUGCCAAAAUUGAAUAAAUAUAUWUUCUUGAAACUUUUGUCAAGAGUUAAUUUACAAGUUUCUUGGAAUGCUAUAACAGGUCUGAUUAUCUACUACCAGUCUACUGGGGAGUACAUGAUGAGAGUCAGCGAGUUAUGAACUCAAAUUUAUAUAUUUUGUURUUUUAACAUUCACCUUGUAUUGAUUUCCUUAAGUUCGGGAUUUCCAGUCUCAAUGCCUAAAUGCUAAAAUCCACAACUGUUUAUUUAAAAGCUAAGAGUGUUUGGUUUGUAAGUGUGGGGUUUAAGUUGAUUUAUUUAUAAGUAAAAAAAAAAAAACCCUUAAAUUACGGGUUGAAUCAAGCAUGUAUGAAAUUUUAGAAUUCCUAAAAACAACUGAAAAACCUGUGGUUAAGGAAAAAAAAAACUAUAGCUGUCUUCAGCAUAUUUAUAUUAAUAGGUAGAUUGCAUCACAUUAGGAAUCAUGUUCAGGGAAUGAAUUCUUUUACUGCUGUUUCUGAUAAUGAAAGAAAUAAAA